AUGCCUAUGAACCUCGAGAAGCAGCUUCUCUUUUAUGGUGCUUAUCACAACAACCCAGUCAACAUCGCAAUUCACAUUACCUGUGUUCCGGUUCUAUUGUUUACAGGAAUUAUCUUGGCUUCGAACACCCCGGCCUUGUUUGAUCUACCAAAUGCCCUGCGACACGAAUACCUUCCGGCAAAUCUCGGCACCAUUAGCAGUUUUAUCUAUGCUACCUUCUAUAUUCUCCUAGAACCCGUCGCAGGGGGUCUUAUUGCGCCGCUUCUGGUUGCUGGUGCAGCAUAUUCAAAUUAUUUGUUGAGCAUAUACGGGUCGACCGUCAACUACUGGGCUGGUGGGAUUCAUAUCGUGUCUUGGUUGGCGCAAUUUGUCGGUCACGGUGCUUUUGAACGCCGGGCACCUGCUUUGCUGGACAAUCUGGUCCAGGCAAUCCUGCUGGCACCUCUCUUCGUUUGGAUGGAGAUCCUCUUCUUCUUGGGAUAUCGCCCCGAAUUGAAGGCCAGAUACGACAAGAACGUCGAGAAGGAGAUCGCUGCAUUCAAGAAGCAGAAGAAUGCCGCUAAAUAA